AUGCCCGCAGUCCCUUCAGAUGACCCACAGGCACCGCAUGUCUGUCGACUCUGGCGCUGCUUCCUGUGCCUCGACCGUCUUCCAUAUGAGGCCUUCGCAGUGCGUCCACAAUGGAGGAACGAACUGAUCUCUCUAUUUCCCUGCACUGCCUCUGAUGGCUCUAUCCGCGCGCUAUUGGAAUCAACCGACGUCGACUCAGUCUGGAAUGAGCCGCACAAGCCGCGAUGGGCAACCGACGCACUCGGAUUUCAGCACCUGGUCCGCUUUUGCGACUAUGCAUUAGAUCGAGCGAAGUACUGCGCCCAGACUGACCCAGAUCGGGUCAUGUUCUAUGCUCAUAGGUGCUGCUGGAAGGUUGCGAACGCCCCUGUUCUGAAUGACCCGCUGGUCUUGCUUCGGUUCGCAUUUCAAACGCGGCCAUUUGAGAAUUGGCCCAUCUAUGAUCAGUCGCAGGAGUUCCAUACCCAAGAUGACCCAUCAACAAAGCCACCGCCACCUUCGUUUGACCUGGGCACCAAUGAUUUGCUGCCCUUUGACGGCCGCCUCUUCGAUGGCACUACCGAACUUGGAAGGCUCGUCUCGAAGCUUAGCAAGAUGCCUUUGGAAAUACAGUUCCAAGUCACGAAGCGGCUGGACCUAACAAUUUUUCUGUCUCUGUUGAAGACAAAAACCCUCGUUACUCAACUCCUGCCUCAAAUCAAUGAGUCGACCACAAUGAAGCCGGAGACUCGCACCCUCGAUAACGAUGGGAGCUUGAACAGUAUUCAUGUGCGCUACAGAAAUAUUAUGGGAACGUCCUACCUAGCGGCGAUUGGCUUCAAAGAUGAUGGUGGAGCAGCAUCGUCAAUUUCAGUCGCCGACCAUGACGUCCGGGGUGUGCCAUUUUCUCUGGGGAGAUUUGGGCUGAGAGGAAUUCGUGUCCUAUAUGAGGAUGAUAACUGCUCACCGUGGCUUGGCGAGUCUUCUUCCUCCUGGAUAGGCGUUGCUUGCGGCCGCGAUCUUUCCCGGCUCCGAGUCGUCGCGGAUGCCCUGCGAAUUGUUCGGCUUGAUUUCUUGGAGAACUUGAACAUUUUACCAGAAAGGUCCCCACUGAUGUGGUACGGACACUUCUCCCCUUCUGAGAAACUGGUCAAACGUCUGUUCCCACCGCCAUAUGAACGCGGACAGAAAUGGGUCCGCCAGCUUGACUACUACCCUGGAUGGAGACAGUGCCAGUAUUUGGCCCUCAGUACAGCAUCUGGAUAUACGUCUGGUCUAACGGUGUACCUGAGCUGCACCUUACAGCACUUGACUGCCAUCAUAUCCCACGGUCAUUCACAUCUUGCACUUGGUAGCCCCAAGGGAGUCCCAAUUCACCUUUUCUUGAAUAGGGGAGAGCAUUUGACGUCCGCAUGGCUGCAUCAUCGUUGCAAGCCUCAGCCGCGAGGCUACGAUACCCCCUGCCGUUGGAUACGCAUAAGCGAUGACCGUCCAGCAAGGGUCGAUGGGAUAUUCAUAGACGCAAAUGAUUAUCUGAUACGAGCCAAAGAGAUCAAUACGAUCGGAGUUGCCCAGAACAAUCAGUUCUCUCAAGUUGAGGGUGCAGUAGACGUGCCCGGUCCAACGUAUCUGGAGAUACCACCAUCAACGACAGCGUUACCGGAAACGCCGUUCUCUCUCUGUCCCCAGACCUCUGGAUUCUUCCAUUCCACAGCGUCUUUAACAAAUAUCCGCGAAGUACGAGUGCGCAAGCAUAAUGGUCGAUGCCUGGGGAUGCAUCUCUCGUACGAAGAUUCGACUGUUGAGACUCUGGGGCAAUGGGACCCAACAGAUAGAGACUCGAUUCUGAAGAUAUACGACGCCAUCGAUGGGGUUCUCAUCAGACUAAUCUUCCAUACAAGACUGGAGAACAAUUGCCUUCGGAAGCCGCAGAUAGAGCUUGUUUCUGUUGAGGUCACUGCCAACUCGUGGCAGCCUCAGCUGCCAGGAGAGGCUACCAGUGAUCACGCAAAUAACUGCGACUAUGAGUCAGUCGCCUUUUGUGGCAGCUGUGGGAGUUCAAAAUGUUGCGACAGCACGCUUCGGCGCAAAAGUAUGGUUAAAGAACUCACUUGUUCUCAAGGUGGCCAGCGUAUUGUGUGGUGGUCAGGGGACCAGUAUGAAGCUGUCAGUCUGGACGACGGCCUGCCGCAAGUCAAAGUCAGGCCGGCAUCGAAAGUCAUGGUCAACUGGUCUCCAAUUCGCUUAUCAGGCAAAGACUCUUGCAAGUCUCCUUUUGUAGUUCUUCAGAAAAUGGCUACGCCUGGCUUCGGGUUCUCCUUCGGCGACUUCAUCUCAGGAGUGUCUCUGGUCAGGAAACUGAUACGGGCCUUGAAUGACUCGGCUGGUGGCCGCGCAGCCUACCGUCGGCUGAUUUCAGAACUAUUGAAUUUGGACGAAGCCCUCACGGGCAUCAGUAAUCUGGAGCUUGAACCGGCACAAUCAGCCGAGAAGGUCGCAUUGGAACAGGUUGCAUCGCAAUGCCAGCUCAGCAUCGAGACCUUCCUCGACAAAAAUGCCAAAUUCAAGGACACUUUGGGGACAAUUUUCGGACAGCCUUCAACAGCACCAAGAUCUGCAGUCAAAUUACAAAAUCAGACAGUCAAUAGCUGCAAGGAUCUCGUCGGAAAGGCUCAAAAUCAGACCGAUGAUACUUUGGCGCUCGCAAAACAAAAUCAUCAACUACUUGCCUCCCAGUCGGAACUAAUCGUUUCAAUUUCAUCCGUAGUUGCCAAGAUUACGCAUCGUCAAGAAGCACAGACAACCGAGACAAGCGAACUUGGGUCUUUGGUGACAAAGGUCAUGGAAUCUAAUGUGAGAAUCUUCGCCACAGUCCUUCAAAUGCAGCAAGUUUUGUCCCAGCUUCCAGCCCAAGUCGAUCGUCAGCAACCAGUCAUUUUUGAGGACGCCCACGGAAGACUGGCGCCUUUCCAUGUCGAGUUCAUCAACUCUUUUGCAGCAUUUCAGGCAGUGCUUGAGGCGCGGUUUCAAGAUGUACCUGGCUUAAAGAAAGUCAAAAAUCGCGAAUAUACAAUGCAGGACGUGGCAUCAAAGAAAAUGCUCGACCUGAACAAACCAUGGGAGUCAAUCUUCCGUCCAGGCAGAAGGGCAAACAUGAGUAUGGUGUUCGAGUACAAUGAAGCGAUGUCUUCAUCGUGUCCUGGAUGCCUAUCAGAAAAUACCGUCGUAGGAUAUGGAGCAAUGGAUGAGAUUCGUUGUUCCAAUCAAAGUUGUGGCAUAUGGUACCGCCGCGUAACUGAAGUAUCUGGUAUCGAGAGAAGACCACAUAAAUCGGCGGUUGGAAACUCAGCAGACAGGCAGAAGUCCAAUACGAAUGAAACGCGCAACCAACUUGGUUGCUAUAAUGACGACAGUGGCACCGAGGAAGAGAACGACGGGGUACACGAUUUUCACCGAGUUCAAAUUGUGCACAUUGUCCACAGACAAAAGAUCGCCACUACCCGGGUUCCAGAAGAGUUCCGCACUAUUCGCAACGGCGAAACUCCUCAGCAGGUGACUAUGAAAGACUGGAAUGUGCCACAGGAGUUUGACGAUGGCGCAUCGAUGACCGAUUCAGAAUAUGACGCCAUGAUUCGCGAGGAGGUUGAGCAAAUCUGGGUAUUGGAUCAUGCAGUGCGGUCCCCGAAUGCACCUGAUGGAGGGAAGAAGGAAACCUUCUACGUCAAAUACCAUGAAAAAACGGUGCAGUGGAGAGAUGUGACAGUCACAUUCUUAAAUAAGGCGUGGGCAGUCUUUGACAAGAUGAGUCGCAACCUCAGCUUCCAUUUCUCCACAGCAUUCCCGAGUAUUGGUUAUAGGAAGCGAUCCAACCAUGUUUCUUCAUUUCCGAGGACAGAUGAAGACUCAAUGCGGGUAAUGUUUCCCGCUUUCGUGGGUGACGACGGCAAAGAGGAAGCUCGAGCAUCGCAUGCUGUAGCUCAAGGCCACAGGUCUUCGAUCAGGCCUUAG